GUUUGUUUCGUAUCGUAUGUAGUACUGCCUGCCAUCAUGUGCCACCAUAUGUUCCAAGUAGAUUAGCAAACCAUCAGUGCCUUGUAACAAUUUUAUCAUGGGUGCGCUGGGGUGGGCCAAACAGGUGACGCACUACUUAUGCUUGCUAAUGAUUACUCAUUGUUACACCAUGCACCUGCACUCGUUACUGAAUGAUGUGCAUCUUUCUUCAGUUUGGCUGAAAAAUGUCCCCCUUUUUGUGCCCACCAAGCCUUACUAUGAUGAUUGUUUUAGGCCUUAAUAUAUCAAUGGUGUGACUCUGUGUUUACACUGCCUCCUAGUAGAAUUAUUAUGUUUGCCUCUCUAGUACAGUACCGCUGUAUGUAGAGUAGAGGUGGCCGUAAUUUUGUUUGUUCUUCUACAGAUGAUGAUGCAAGUAUGGACUGCUCUUUGUUUUCUAGCUAUGUACGUACUGCUAUCAUAUAAAUGCCAUGUUCUAGAUUAGCCAACCAGCGUUGGCUUGUUUCAAUUUCAAAUGCCCAUGGGUGCAAAGGGUGAACAGAGACAACACACUAGUCCGCAGCUAUGUCUCUAUACUUACCAAUUGCUGUCGCAUGUGCCUACAUGGAUUGCUACUGGUUACUGAAUGAUAUGCAUCUUUCUUAUAUAUUUCAUUCAGAAAAAAAAUGUCCCCCUUUUCUGUGCUUAGAUUAGAUAUGCCCACUAAGCCACCAAAAUAUUUUUAGUUAGUGCUUAAUAUUAUUGUCAAUCUGACUUUCUGACUAUUAAUUGUUUACCUUACCCAUGCUUAAUAUUUUGACUAUUGUCAAUGAUGUGAUUGCCCCUCUGAAAAAGCAUGUCCUUUACUGGUAUUGGCCAGCAGUGAUUAUAUUUCUGCAUGUAUUGCUGUAGAGUUGACUCUGAAUUUCUUCUAUGCAUGCAAGUGUGAACUAUCAUUCGUUAGUACUCCAUGUUCUAGAUUAACCCUAGAUCAGAUGCCAAGUGUGGACUGCAGGUUUCCAUUUCGAUGUCUCGUCUCCUAGUAGUAGAAGAAUCAUGGCUCUCUGGUGCUGCUGUAGAGCUGACGGCCAACGUCCAAUCAACAUAUGCUGCUGCAAAUGUGUGCUCUGCAAGAACUUUCAGUGCAAAGCCAAUUGGAAAUGAGGUUAUUGGAAUUGAUUUGGGAACGACCAAUUCAUGUGUCGCGGUUAUGGAGGGAAAGGAUGCAAAGGUGAUUGAGAAUUCGGAAGGCGCCAGGACUACACCGUCAGUUGUUGCCUUUUCUCCGAAAGGAGAGCUACUCGUGGGAAUUCCAGCCAAGCGGCAAGCAGUGACCAACCCACAGAACACCUUCUUUGGCACAAAGCGUAUGAUUGGGCGUCGCUUUGAUGACCCACAGACACAGAAGGAGAUGAACAUGGUACCAUACAAGAUCGUGAAGGCUCCCAAUGGAGAUGCUUGGGUUGAGACCACAGAUGGCAAGCAGUACUCGCCGAGCCAGAUUGGUGGGUUUGUGCUGACCAAGAUGAAGGAGACAGCUGAGUCUUACCUUGGCAAGUCUAUUUCCAAGGCUGUCAUUACCGUUCCAGCUUACUUCAAUGAUGCUCAGAGGCAGGCCACCAAGGAUGCUGGCCGUAUUGCUGGACUUGAUGUCCAAAGGAUCAUCAAUGAACCAACUGCUGCUGCUCUGUCCUACGGAACAAACAACAAGGAGGGCCUGAUUGCUGUAUUUGACCUUGGAGGAGGAACCUUUGAUGUCUCAAUUCUAGAGAUCUCUAAUGGAGUGUUUGAGGUGAAAGCAACCAAUGGCGACACUUUCCUGGGUGGAGAAGACUUUGACAAUACUCUGUUGGAGUUCUUAGUGAGCGAGUACAAAAACACUGAAAAUAUUGAUCUGUCAAAGGAUAGAUUGGCUCUGCAGAGACUGCGUGAAGCAGCUGAGAAGGCGAAAAUCGAACUCUCCUCAACUACCCAGACUGAAAUCAAUCUUCCUUUCAUCACUGCUGAUGCCAGUGGAGCAAAACAUCUGAACAUCACACUGACAAGAUCAAAAUUUGAGUCUCUGGUGAACAGUCUGAUUGAGAGGACCAGAGAACCAUGCAAGAGCUGCUUGAAGGAUGCCGGCAUAACCACCAAGGAUGUUGAUGAGGUCCUUCUCGUCGGUGGAAUGACAAGGGUUCCAAAAGUGCAGGAGAUAGUCUCUGAGAUCUUUGGCAAGGCCCCUAGCAAAGGAGUCAACCCAGAUGAAGCUGUGGCCAUGGGUGCUGCUAUUCAGGGCGGCAUUCUCCGUGGAGAUGUGAAGGAGCUUCUUCUCCUUGAUGUUACCCCGCUGUCACUUGGUAUUGAGACUCUUGGCGGUAUCUUCACCAGACUGAUUUCCAGGAACACUACCAUCCCCACCAAGAAAAGCCAGGUGUUCUCAACUGCUGCUGACAACCAGACGCAAGUGGGCAUCAAGGUGCUGCAAGGCGAGCGUGAGAUGGCAUCAGACAACAAGCUCCUGGGCGAGUUCGACCUCGUCGGCAUCCCACCGGCGCCGAGGGGCACGCCGCAGGUGGAGGUGACGUUCGACAUCGACGCGAACGGCAUCGUGACGGUGUCGGCCAAGGACAAGGCGACGGGCAAGGAGCAGCAGAUCACCAUCCGGUCCUCAGGGGGCCUGUCGGAGGCGGAGGUCCAGAAGAUGGUCCAGGAGGCGGAGGUGCACUCGCACAAGGACCAGGAGCGCAAGGCCCUGAUCGACGUGCGGAACACCGCGGACACCACCAUCUACAGCGUGGAGAAGAGCCUGGGCGAGUACCGGGACAAGGUCCCCGCGGAGGUGGUGUCUGAGAUCGAGGCGGCCGUUGCUGAGCUCCGUGCCGAGAUGGCCUCCGACGACGCCGAGAAGAUCAAGGCCAAGAUGGACGCGGCCAACAGGGCCGUGUCCAAGAUUGGGCAGCACAUGUCUGGUGGUGGCGGCGGGGCUGCUGGCGAUGAGCCGGGGUCGCAGGGUGGUGGUGGCGACGAGGCCCCGGAGGCCGAGUACGAGGAGGUGAAGAAGUGAGGUGUCUCCACUGCGUUACUUACUUGUAGAGGCAAUCCUGUGAUCAUGUUACUCAUGAGAGGUGAACAAGUGAGGUGACCGACAUGAGCUGCGUUAGUUUUUGUGCUCUGCUGAAGGUGGUAGGUUAAGAGGAUGACGUGUGCGUGCUGUAAUAUAAGUUUUCUGUGUGUUUUGUAAGCUGGUAGGACGCAAUGUUACCCAUGACCAUGAGAGAGAUAAGAUGAUUGAUGCCUGGAGGAGGUUUGUUGGUAAAAUGAAAAUCUUCAUCU